CAAGGCUUUAUAGUAAAUUUAAAUGGAAUAAACUAUUGGAUAAUGGGAGAACUGGGUGUUUUUAUAGGUGAUUUGCCUCAAGGGAAUGAUAUAGCUGGAAUACUACGACAUAAUACAUAUAAAGGUUGUCGUGCAUAUCAAGAAUUUCAGUUUAUAAAUCAACAACCAUCUAAUAAUGCAAAAUCUCAGCUUCAUUCUCAAUAUGGCUUGCGACCUUUGCCUAGACCAUUAGAUCCUUUACUGCAUGAUUGUUAUUUACAUACACCUCACGAUGCAUAUCAUACAGUUGCUGAAAAGAUAGCUCGAUUACUAAAUUGUACUUGUACAAUUUUAACAUUAUCUGGUGAAAAUGAUUUAAUAAACUGUUGGAAGAGUAUUGAAAUUUCAAUACAAUGGUCUCAUUUGCCAAACCCAAUUACUCAUAGAUAUUCAUUUAUUAUGUCAGAUAAUUUAAGAAUUCUUAUGAUUUUUCCAUUUAUAUUAAAACGCUGUUUAACUGUUAAUAGUAUUAAAAAUGAUUAUUUAAAAUCAACAUAUGAUAGAUUACAUUUUUCUGACUAUUCAGAAGUAAGAAAUUAUAUUAUUUAUACUUGGGCACUUUCUGCAAAAGUAGCUAAAGAAGUAUUUUCUUUAACUAUACAACGAUCAACUGGAUAUUUCAAAUUGCAAGCUAUAUUAAAUAAUGAGCUCAAUGCUUUAAUUAAG